CGCGCUGCACCUCCGGCUGCGGCGCACACGCAUCCUCCGCCUCCUCCUUCUCCUCGGCAGCCUCGCCGUCGGUUGGGUACCUCGCUUGCAGCGGUCCCCCAAGCGGCCAGAGAGUCUAGUGCUUCUGCUUGGGACACCAUGCCCAACGAAGAAGCAUUCAGCAAGCCCCCGACGCCAUCGGAGGCCCCGGGGGCUCCGCCGCAGGGCAAGGCGGGAGGCUUUGGCAAAGCAGCCGGAGGCUCCAGCACCGGGGGCGGCGGCAGCGGCAGCAGCGGCGGCUCCGGGACGACUGGCACGGGCGCGGGGAACAAGAAGUCCCCGCGGCUGCCCAAGUGUGCACGCUGCAGGAAUCACGGCUACGCGUCGCCGCUCAAGGGCCACAAACGCUUCUGCAUGUGGCGCGACUGUCAGUGCAAGAAGUGCAACCUGAUUGCCGAGAGACAGCGCGUGAUGGCCGCGCAGGUGGCGCUCAGGAGGCAGCAGGCCCAGGAGGAGGAGAUGGGCAUUAGCCACCCGAUCCCGCUGCCCAGUGCCGCGGAGCUGCUUGUCAAGAGAGAGAACAACGGUACCAACCCGUGCCUCCUGACCGAGAGCAGCAGCUCCUCGCAGCCGCCACUGCCGCCUAGCACCCCAACCACUAUGGCCUCAGAGGGGCGGAUGGUCAUCCAGGAUAUUCCUGCUGUCACCAGCAGAGGGCACGUGGAGAACACACCUGACCUGGUUCCGGACUCCACCUACUACAGCAGCUUUUACCAGCCGUCUCUGUUCCCGUACUACAACAACCUGUACAACUACCCGCAGUACUCCAUGGCUCUGGCUGCUGAGUCUUCUCCUGGGGAGAUGGGCAGUGCUCUGGGGGGAUCCCCAGUGAAGAACACCCUCCGGAGCCUCCCUGCGCCUUACGUGCCUGGCCAGCCUGGAAACCAGUGGCAGAUGAAGAAUCCGGAGAACCGCCACCCCGUGAGUUCCCAGUACAGGAUGCACUCUUACUACCCGCCUCCCUCCUACCUGGGCCAGAGCGUGCCUCAGCUCUUCACCUUUGAGGACGGCCCUUCCUACGCGGAAGCCAAAGCGAGUGGUAGGUGUCCUCCUCCCAGAAUUGUCUUUCCAAUAAUAAGAAUUUUGAUGGAGUUUGUGUCAAAUGCUACUAAAAUCUCAACCCAGCAUUCCUUUGCUCUCAGUAGUAUUGAAGAGAUAUUAAUCAUUCAGGGUUCCAUGGAAAAGUUACCUAAGAGGAACUGA